CAUGAAGAUGAAAUGAGUAGAAUCCAAGAACCUGCAGCAACGCCUAGUCUUGCUAUGUACCCACAAAGAGGUUUAGCCCAAACCACUGAGUCAAUGAAUGCAUGCAAAGACCUGCUGGCUAACCUGCAGAGGACAUACCAAGCACUGGAGGGGGUCAGGACUGAACACAGCAAAGAACAUGAAAGACUGUCUAAGUCCUUUGACCGAGCCCAGCUGGCAGUUCUACACCAGGAACAAACUAUUCUUAACAGGGUUGAGGAUGAGCAUAACCAGAUGAAGCAACUCCUGGCAUCCAUUCAGAGAUCCAAUGAGAAAGCCCUGCAGGAGAGCAUUGCUCAGGUAAAUGUCUCCCUGAACAGGAUUGCACAGCUGUCUUCUCAGCUGCAGGAGACUGCUGAUUCUAAGAAUGGUGUCCUGACUGUAACACAGGUACAAAGCCAAAUGCUAGACAUUUUUUCCAAUGUGAAGAAUAUUUCCCUGAGGCUGAAGACAGUGGAGUUUGUACCUCAUCUUCAGCAGACUAUUACCCUCGGUAUGGUGCACACAGAGGACCACAUUAUAGACUUUGUGCUCCCGCAGUCACAGAGGACAGGCAUUGAAAACAGUACAGUAGUUGGUGGAAGAGAUGAUGGAUCCAUGUUAUUAAGGAAUGGUACCACAGAAAACCUGUCUCUUCAGACAACAGAAGCAAAACCCACUACAGGAACUAAGAAAUACCAGAGCUGGGCAGAAAACACAGAGGGAUCCCAGGUUAUAAGUCACAAUCAGGAAGUUCAUGAAGAGCACAAUGAAAAUGCCAGACCUUUUAAAAAGCUUUCCCUCUCAAACACAGGAAGAACUCCUUCAGUGCUAAAUAACAUACAAAUAGGAAGGGGUACUUCUUUAAAAGAGAAUAUUCCAAAUGCAGGCACUUUCAAGGCUUUCAGCCUGAGUGUUGAACCUUCUAGAGUGGCACAGGAAAAGGACUGGGAGCACACAGAUGGGAACACCGAUCCUUCUCAGCAGAAGCUUGGUAGAAUGAGCUAUCAUGCAGGGAUUUCCAGCUCUGGUGUAGUUAGAGCUCAGUGGAUGGACAGAAGAGACCACAGCUUGGGCAGGGAUGGUGAAACCAAUGAUAUAAAAAUACAGCCAUCUAAGACCAGUAUCUCCAUGGGAGAUUACAGCGAGCUGCACCACAGACCGCAGGAUUCCAGUCAGACAGUUGCAGCCAUUGACCUCACUUCUUUGUCACCUCGCACAUCACUGAAUGAAAAACAAACCUUGCCAUCAGACAGGCUUCCAGAAACCAAAGCUCUCCAAUCAGCCAGUGACAGUGAAGGAGAUCUAAGGAGUUGUGAUUCCACAGGCAGGUUCACUGUUGGAUAUUCAUCAAGAGGAAGAGGCAAUUUAAGCUCCAAUUCCAUUCCUGCUACUGACGCAUCCCCAACAGUAGACUGUACUAGUAUAAUCCAAAACAAGUCGGAGACCAUCUCUAAGCUCACAUGUCAUCUGCAGAUGAAGCAGUCACCCAGAGCCAACUUGGCUCCCUCACAAAUUAAGAGUGUCCCUGUAUUUUCCAAUACUGAUGAUGAUGGGACUGUAUUUAAAGUUAUCCCUGCAAUUGUAAUGGAAGAUGAAUCAGACAGUAAUGAUGAGCAGUUUAUCACACCUGAAUCAAACAUGAAGACCAUGAGUAAAGAUGCCAUGACCUGCAGAACUGCUGCAAUCCUUGCCAGCCGUGUUCCCUCUGCAAAACAAAAUGGCUGCUUUGAUCAACUAUCACAGUGGACAUUAGCAGAUAGCAUUGUUGGGACAUCUGCUACAAAUUAUUCUUUUCAGGACACUACCUUAAGUCCAAGAUCUUUAUCCAGUGAUGCUUCUGUUAGAGGAAGACAGUUUGGAAAAAGCUACACAGAUGCACGUAAGCACAAUAAACUGCCCCCCACCAAUGCUGGUGCCCAUGUUUCAAUAAAACUGGAAAAACAAAGUGACUCUGAGCCUAGUCCCAGGACACCAUCCCCAACUGACAGUGUUAAGUCUUCAUAUACUUUUAUAAUUGAUUCUCCAAGAAGCCGCAAUCUCACUUUCCUUGCUGCUAGACCAUAUCGAAAAACAAGUGCACUUUCUUUGACAUUAAGAAACCCCUUGGGAUCCAGGAAUGAGAAAAUGAGAUGCCUGCCAGUUAUUGAUACUGAAGACAAAAUUCCAAAAGAAAAAGGCAAAGUCCCAGCAGCAGUGAGAGGAAGGAGCUCAAAAUUAGCUGCUGGUCCCUCUGAGAGGAGAGUAUACAGCAUGAGAAGUAAGUUUGCUUCAAAUGUAGGUAAAAGUUUGCAGGUGGGCUCCAGGGACCAGUAUCGUAAGCCAAUUCCUAGGUCCAGUUCUAUGCCUGUAAUUCAAAAAGCAACCGGUGAUCUAAAAAUGGGAUAUAAUAGUACCCGUUUUCAGUACGCAAAAGAAAGAAGAGAUUCGGCCUCUAGCACAUCAAGCUGCCAGUCAACACAGAGAAGCUGCCUCAGCUCUUCAUCUUUAACUUCCAUUCGUUCAGUUGGGAGUAGAAAAAAGCCAGUUCGGCACAGUAGUCGUCCCUCUCCUGGUAACCUACAGCAUUCUGCCCGCAGGGUGAGAAAUCUGAGCAAAAGUGAGUCAAGUAUCCGUCCUUCAAAGUCAUUCAAAGGAGCCCCAUCCACUGGUGUUCUCAUUGGACAAUUUGGGAAAUUUGGCUCGGGGCGAGCUGAGCUGAACCUGCCUUCUGGAAUUCAUGUGACACCUCAGGGGACUUUAUAUGUGGUUGACUAUGGAAAUAAGAGAAUAAAGGUUAUGGACAUGAAAGGCAAUAUUCUGCAAUUGAUCACUCUGCAACCACGGAACUAUUUUGAUGUUGCUGUUAACAACAAGGGCCUUGUGGUUCUGACUAAUUCUUCUGACAAAACUGUGGAGGUUUAUAGCAAGCAUGGUAAACAUCUUAAUGCCAUCUCAGAAAAUUUUGAUGCCCCACGAGGUGUAACAGUUAACUUUAAGGAUGAAUUUAUCAUCACUGACAUGAAACGAGGCACUCUGUCUGCUCUGCUGCUGGACAAUCAAACAGGCCGAAGAGUGGAGCGCACCAUUGUACCAGGCUUUAACAAGCCUUAUUUUGUUAGCACUAAUGGUAUGGGACAAGUGGCUGUUUCAGAGAGGGGUUUUGAUGGAGGAUGCUGUGUCAAGAUCCUUGGAGAAAACUGGCAAGUUCUGAGAGUCUUAGGGGUACAAAAUGGCCUUGGUCCUCUACUGGUAAAUCCAUGGGGAGUCUGCUUGGACAAUGAAGGAAAUGUCCUCGUGGCUGACUGGGGACAGACCCACUCAGUUAUCCUGUUCCCUGCAACACAGGAAGUUCCUAUACAGACUGUGGUAACUGAGGGUCUCAGCAGUCCUCGUGGUCUAGCCACUCUCCAGGACUGUCACCUAGUGGUAGCAGACAGCAUGCAUAACUGUAUAAAAGUAUUUCAGUAUCAAUAACUUGUUUUUUAGAGGAGGAGAUCUUCAUGCAAACUAAUCUUUGAAGCACUUAUCCCCAGCUAUAGAUGUCAGACUGGACUUUUUAACGAGGUUACAGCAACAAUUCAAUCACAGAUUCCAUGCUGUGUUGCAUGUUGCAUGUAGCAUUCAUGCUGCAUAUGCCUUGAGACACUUAGGUCAUACAACCCAGUGUAAAUUUUAUAUGUAUGUCUGUGUAUGUGUGUGUUUAUAUGACACAGUGUUAUGAAAAUGCACAAAACAAAGCACUUCUUAAGGCUUGCAGCAAUAAAUUUAUUGUGCAGAUAAGUGAAUAAUACUGAAUUAUUAUUAUGGAUAAUAGAUAAUGCGCGUGUGCAAAGCAAAAUUUGUGAUGUGUGUAAUAGCAAAUGAUUCUUGCCAUAUUUAACAGUUCUGCACAUAUGUAAGUGUUCUGCAAAUGUAUGCAUAAUGGAUUUCUUUUUUGGUAGCACAAUUUUUUUUAAUAUGUUUGUAAGAGGGCCUUCCCUUGGCAUAAUUAUUUAUUUUAAUUCUUAAUUGAUGACUAAAGCAGAAACACCAAUUCAUGGGCCCUUUGCAGACAUGAUCCAAGUUAUAUAACUCGCACAAAGUAUAACAGUAAACAGACAUCACUCUUCCUUGUGUUGCACCUGAAAGACAGUAUGCAUCAUUCAUACUGUAUAGACAUAACAAAAAUUGCUUCUGUUGUGAGUUACAGAAAUUUCUGUCAGGAUGUACUGAAUGUUUCUUCUUGUGGGUGUAAUGGAAUUUCCCAAAUACAUAUAAAAGAGAUUUAUCUGA